UACAACCGUUCCAAUUUAACAAGAAACUCAAAGUGCGUAUUUGUAAAAUGUGGCGACCAAAGCUUAUUGGAUCUACUGAUCAAUUUGGCGGCCUUCAAUGUAUCUUGGUUGACCAAAAGGCAGAUGCAAUACAAGCUAGCGUCAAAGAGAUCGACUAUGAUUUUGUAGCUCCAAAAAUAAAAGCUGGUUCCAUUUAUGAAAUAACACAUUUCCACACUGGUCGCGACAAACCAUCUCACAAAAUUGUACCACACGUUGCACAAUUGUUCUUUAAUGCAAGAACAACUUUCAAAGAGCUGCCAACCAUUCAGCCACACAUUCCAUGACAUCGAUUUUAUUUGGUUGAUUAUACUCAAUUGUCCACUCGGAUUGACAAAAUUAACAUCCUAACAAGUAAUACUUUAUAUAUUAUUAAAAACUAUGCAUAUAUAUACAAUAAGUAUUGCUCCAAAAAAAUUUCACAUUUUAAUACCCUCAUAAUAUUUUCUUUAUCAUAUUGAAAGAUGUUUUUGGACACAUUACUGCAAUACAACCAUUGGAACAAAAAAUGGUGGGCAAUGAAAGGCUUGAAGAUAAAUGUGAAGUCUGCAGCGAAAAUAUCAGGAAAGAAGAUGUUAGAAUAAUCCUGUGGGGAAAUACUGCAAAAACUUUUGAUUCCCAAGCUUUACAACAAUUGACAUCACCAAUAUUCGCAGCUUUUACAAGCCUGAAAGUUAAACAAUUUCAAGGGAAAAUUGUUCUGAACAGUAGUGUCUCCACAUUAAUUUUUAUCAAUCCAGAUAUACAAGAAUUAGCGGCCUACAAAACGAUCUUUAAUGAUUCCACACAUGCCAUUAAAAUGAUGCCUUCUUCCGCCGCUCAACUAAUGACACCUCAACAUUUACAAGCUGCUAAAAAGCUAUCUGUCCAAGAGUUAAAUGUUCUUGAUCCAGACACACAUAAGGACACUCCCAUUUUAUGCAGAGCAGCUAUUACGCGUUUUGACACACGUAAUGGUUGGUGGUAUAAGGCAUGUCCAUCUUGCUUUAAACAACUUCGAACUGCUGCCCACCGUGAUGAACUUUUGUGCCCAAAACACAAUAAUCAAAUUCCUCUCCCUUGGUUCAAAGUGAGCUUGGUGCUUGAAGAUUCAACUGAUGAAACCAAUGCAAUCAUAAUUGGGAGACCAGCAGAACAGUUGUUUAAAAUUUCUUGCAAUGAAUUGGUUGUUCAAAGAGGUUUUACCGACCAACAACAAUUACCAGAUGUGAUUAUGCAAACAAGAGGACAAGUUAAAAAUUUCCAACUUCGAUUUGGAAGCAUGAGAAGUGAUUUCAACAGAAAUGAUCUACUCAUUCAAGCAAUCUUCGAUGACACAAUGCCGCUUCUUGAACCAACACCGCAAUCAUCUGAAAAAAGUUUGGCUGCACAUGAUACAGAAAACAUUGGUGCGCAAAUGGUUCCACCCAUUACCCCACUUCUCUCAAAGCAAAUUCCAAGUGCAUCUUCCACAAGCUCAGCUGAUGCUUCUAUAACAGAGGUUACCCCAAUUUCAAAAAAAAGAUAUAGAGACGCUGUCAAAAGAGCUCUGUUUACCUUUCGUCCAUCAAAAGAACCAAAAAUCAUUUCUUUAAGUCAUGUUCAAACCGAAACCGAAUCUGAAAAAAUGGUUGCAACAAAAAGCAUGGAGGAAAUUAUAUCAGAUUCUGAUUUACCAAUCAUUGGCUUAAAGAAAAAAUCAAGCAUGGAGAAUUUGCCAACCAGCACUUCUACCCCAAAAAUAGAGAUCAAGACCUCCAUCAAAGAGAAGAAAAAUCAUGAAGCAAGUGCAAAACAAAGCUCGCCCAAUUAAAUAGCAUCCUGUACAAAACUAUCCAACUUUUGCUAUUUUGAUGCCUACUUCCUACUAUAAACAUCUCAAUGUACAUACAAACAAGUAUAGUAUUUUAACAUAACAUGUAGCCUGUAAAAUAUGUUAUUACAUGCUUUUUUGCAACUUACACUCCUGUAGUUAAACAUAAUGUUAUAAAUUAAA